CCGGCCGGACCGCUUUUGGUAAAGCACCUCUGUGCUUUUUCCUGACCAAGAUGGCGCUGCCCGUAGUACGAUGCUGUUUGCAGAGAGUUUUUGCUCAGAGUCCUAGCCAUAUUUCCUCUAGAAUUGUCCAGUAUCCUGCAGUGGUUCCUUGUUUUACCAACUUACUUGUUCCCAGUAGAAAGUAUGCUGCAAAUCUCAUGUAUCAAAUACGUAUUUGUUCUGUUGAAUCAGAUAAUGUGGAUUUUUAUUUCUUUUCUCUUUUAUACUUCCAGAAAAGUGUGGGGCCAUUUAUUAGUACUCUUUUGUUGCCUUACCGUUUCACAGAUACCAUCCCCAAGAUUUUAGUAUUCACACAGGAUUCAAAAGAAGCAGAUCUAGCAAUAGAAAAUGGAGCUACCAUCGUAGGAGGAAUCGAGUUAAUUAAGCCGAUUUUAAAUGAGGAAAUUGAGGCAGAUUUUUACAUCGCAGUGCCUGACAUAACAACAAAAAUUAACCCUUUAAGGAAUUUUCUGAAACAAAAGUACCCUUCCAUCAAAAAUGGUACUAUUACUUACAAUAUCCCCGAGACGCUUAAUUUCUUCAAAGUCUGCCAUGAAUAUGAAGUGACCAAUGACAACCUCAUCCAAACCCCGUUUGCAAUGCUGGACAUGCCUAAUGACGAGAUACUUGCCAAUCUGGACAGCAUUAUUAAGGACAUUUGCAAACGCAAAACUUCAAAACACGGUUCUUUUGUAACGAGUAUGCGCGUUCGAAGUUCAACCAGCGAAGCCUUGGAUGUGAAAUUCGAACAAUUUCUCCCCGAAGAAGCUCUGGAACAGAAGUCGGAAGAAGCUGAAAGGAUCAGUGAAGAGGAAAAGCAAGAACCAGAUGAUUAGAAAGGCUGCAGAAAUGUCAUUUCCCUUGUGUCAAAAUUAUAAAGGGCAAGCAGUCCUUGUAGCUUCAUCCAGAGUUUCCUUCAAGUUCUGGUCCUGCAUGAGAAGUUUGCAUCAAUUUCAAAGACAAUUGAAUUGUCUCGAAACCUGAAGCUCCUUAGCGCUGUUAGAUCAACACUCCCCAAAGUUUGGGGGCUAGAAAUAUCUAGGAAUCAGUGGUGAAAUCCGAAUUUUUUUACUACCGGUUCGGUGGACGUGGCUUGGUGGGCAUGCAAAAUCCCCAUUCCCAUCCCACUCCAGGGGAAGGAUACUGCAAAAUCCCCAUUCCCAUCCCAUUCCAGGGGAAGGAUACUGCAAAAUCCCCAUUCCCACCCCACUUUGGGGCCAGCCAGAGGUGGCAUUUGCCGGUUCUCCGAACUGCUCAAAAUUUCCGCUACCGGUUCUCCAGAACCUGUCAGAACAGUAAACAGUAGCAGAGUUGGAAGGGUCCUUGGAGGUCAUCUAGUCCAACCCCCCUGCUGACGCAGGAGACCUGUACUAGGGAUUCGAACUGCUGAACUGGCGACCUUUCUGAUCGACAAGCUCAGUGUCUAGCCACUGAGCCACCUAGCCUAGCCACUGAGGAAUUAUUGAUAUUACAGGGUCGUCACAUCUGGAAAGCCUGUUGUUUGUAAAAAAAAAAAAAAAGAUGUAAUUGCACGUUUUAUUAAAAAUGAAAAGCUUUGUACUGUUUUUAUUGAUUGUGGAAGCCCUCGUGUCCCUCAGGUUUCUGUUUUAGUUGUGGUUUUUUUUUCAA